AUGGUUCAGAGUUGGAGAGCCCAACUGUUUUUACCGACUAGUGAGUUGAAAUUGAAGCGUUCGCGUGGAAAUAAUUAUUCCUGAUAGCCACCCAUUUUCCUUGGAUCUACAAAUACUUCGAGAGACCUACGAACCGACAACAUAUGAGCACUGGGCAAAUACAAUAUCCCAUGCGAUAGGCAUAGUGCCCAGUGUGAUCAUUUUUCGGCACAUGGUCGCCAUAUCACAUCGUGAAUUACAAUGUCAUGUGGUGAUCGUCUAUGGAUUGUUCACAACGUUGUUGUUCUCGUCCUCCACAUGCUACCACGCGUGUGAGUUGAUAUUCAGGCAAACUCGGUUGCGGUAUUACCUCCACAUUUGCGACCGUGCCGCCAUUUAUCUUUUCAUUGCGGCAUCCUAUACACCGUGGUUGGGGUUGCGAAAUUGCGGAAAUCUUGGUUCAAAUCUUAGGUGGAUGGUUUGGAUCUUUGCACUACUUGGAAUAUUAUAUCAAUACAAUUUUCAUGAGAAGUACAAAACUCUGGAGACAAUUAUUUACAUACUGAUUGCUGGAUGUCCAUCUGUUGCCAUUUUUAGCAUGAAUGACCGCACUGGAUUGGAAUGGAUGGCAACUGGUGGUCUAGUUUAUAUAGCUGGAGUAGUAUUUUUCAAGAUGGACGGAAUAAUACCUUUUGCACAUGCGAUUUGGCAUGUUUUUGUUCUCGUUGGUGCUUCAUGUCAUACGUAUGCAGUGUAUUCAUCUUUACUUGGGCCGGAUCCAAAUAAUACGGUGCUGGAUGUCUCACAUGUUGAAUUAUAG